AUGGCCGCAAACAACGACCGCACGCGAAUUCCCGUUCCCAUCAUCCCAUACCAGACAAACCGCCGGGCAAUGCUGGAGGCGGCCACCCUUCCCCCAAUCACCUUUGACUACGCCGACGGACGCAUGGGUGCCCCUGGACUCGGUGUCUGGAUUCGGGAUCUGCGUGGCCAGGGCGACAACACCCCCAUCUCCGGCAUGCACGAUUCUGUCUUUCCCCCCAAUGUCGACCAAAUCAACUUCCGGAUAAUCUGGCCGGGGUACGAAGCUGUUGAUAAUUCGGGCUACAUCCAGUUAACCAAAGCCAACGGUACUCGUCUCACUCGUGUCGAACUCGGGAGACGUGUCGCCGACCGCAUCGUUCUGUGGUACUUCGACGUGAAAAACAAACCUACGAGAAGUCACUUCCCGUUGGGCGACUCGCAGCGCAGAGUCACCUACCAGGACAUGUACCUCGUCAGACUCGUGAAUACCGUCGGGAAUGUCUGGCAAGCCGACAUUGUUGUGGAUAGAACCCCACCACCGUCCAACCUACCGUAG